AUGAAUGGCUCUGACGGUGUCGUUUGUCUCACCGAAGGCGGGUAUCACUCCACCAUUGCGUCGUGCAACCCUUCGAUGAGAGAAUUCAGGAUUCUUGGAGGGAAUCAUGUGAAUUCCCAGAUUCAGUUUGAUUUGAAUUUUGUUUGUUUAUCUUUCGCAUCGUGGAAAGAGGAUUUCUAUUGGUACAUGUUCUGCCCCGAUGGUGCUGAUGCUAUUCUUGUGUUUCGGAUGACGGAUGAAGUGUUCGAUGCAAAGCCCUUGCCAGAAGUUUGCUCGUUAGACGAUUCCAUACGAAGUGAACUUUUCGUUCUGAAUGAUUCCCUUGCCCGGUUUCUUUGUCCAUUGAAGUGGUCGGAAUCAUCAUUUUCAGCAUGGAAUUUUUCGUUUUCUGUGCGGAAUUGUCCAUUGGAGAAGUGCUUUGACAUUUGGGUUAUGGAUCAACAGGGUGUUGAGGUAUCUUGGACCAAAAAAUUUGCUAUUGGACCUCUCCAGUGGCUUGAAUAUCCAUUGGGAUUUCGGCAAAAUGGUGAGUUCCUCUUGGUGAGUGAUGGUGGACAGAUGAUGUCGUACAACCUUGAUACGCGGCGGAUACAGGAGUAUCAAGUGUACGGUCAUUCUCCUUCACGAUGUUUACAAGUUCUGCUAUACACAGUGUUUGGUUUCAGUCAAGAGACACAAUGA